ACGCAGAGUUGAUACAGGCGUGAAGGUCUUGGCUUUGCGCCCUAUGCUGGUGGUUAUAGGGGCCCAAGCAUCGUGUUUUGGGACGCUGCCUUGACUAUGAAAAUACCCUCCUUCAGUGCGUCGCAAAGAAAAGCUCAUGAACGAAUGCGGUGGCUCAGUGUGGCCCGAAACAUCAGCAAGAACAAGAACCUGAGAUCCCAGCUCAUAGCGGCAGCACGUCCGUGUCAGACGUCUGCUCCUACCCACGGCGAGGAUCCAAGAUGCUGACACUUGUCCUGGCUCCCGUGAGAUACCUAUGGGAAGUGUACGAGAAAGGAGACCCCCGAACGAAGAACUAUCCUCUAGUGCUUAACCCUUUGUUCGUGUUCCCUUUCCUCGCCGGCUACUUGUACUUCGUGAAGGUUGCCGGGCCCCGAUGGAUGGCGAACAAGGAACCGUACAGAAUCAUUAACCUCAUCCGUUUCCACAACGCGUUCAUGGUCGUCGCUUCUGCCUGGUUUCUUUACCUGCUCCUCAAGUUCACGUACCUUCCUGGAGGCCGCUACAGCUUGUGGUGCCAGGGUAUCACUGGCUACAUGGACGAAGAGAUGGCACGCUAUUACAAGUACGGCUGGUUCUUCAUUGCAGCACGCUAUGCCGAUCACUUGGACACGGUGUUCUUCGUGCUCCGUAAGAAGUUCACUCACAUCACUCACCUGCACGUCAUUCAUCACACCAUCGUCACGAUAAACAUCUGGUACUGGUCUCUAUACGCCCCUGAGGGACAGCCGGCGUUCGGCCUCGGUCUCAACGUGUUCGUGCACAUCAUCAUGUACACCUACUAUCUGCUGGCAACUAUGGGACCGGCUGUGAGGAAAUACCUCUGGUGGAAGAAGUACUUGACGAGACUCCAGAUUGCCCAAUUUGUGCUCUCCAUAACUCACAUGUCGAUACCACUGUUCGUUGAGUGUGGAUUUCCAAGACACCUGAUUGUCAUAGCCAACCUGCAGACAUUCCUAAUACUGUGUUUGUUCGUCAAUUUUUACGUAAAAGCUUACGUUACCCGCAAGGAUAACGGAUCUGGUAGCGUUCACGUGCGUUUGACCACAAAUGACUGCGAUGCACUUCGCAAAGAACAAUAAAUUGGGCCAGCUGAUCUAUAAAAACAAAAGCAGAUUACACGUUGAUAAUAAAAUAUAAUCAACGAACGCUUAUUGAUUAUGAUGCAAAAGCCGUUGAAUCUUAAUUUUACCACUGAAACAAAGAAUAGGCUUCCAUGAGAAGAUGCGAGAGUAACUGAUUUAUUAUAAGCUUUGCUAGGCGAUAUAACAUUUCCUGGAAUUAACUACAGGCCUUAAUAUUUUAACUAAAGAAGGAGGAGUUCACGUUUCCGUUAUUUCAUCAAACUGAAGAAAAUACGUUGCUUAGAGCAGUAUAGCCGGUCCUCUUCGUAUAUGUGUGGUAAUGAUUUCAAGGAACAAGUAACUAUAGGUGAAUCUGUUUUUGUGAUUUGAGCACAAGCACACACUUAGCCUAAAUUUUAUAGGCAUAGUUGGGUCCGAGUACGUAGACUAAUGUGAGGAAGUUGAUGCCGGUGUCGGUGAGCACAUCAGCAGAAUACACUAUGCGAAAGAAAUGUGGGGGUGGGAGGCAAGAUAUUGAUGAAGUCUUUCUGCACUUAAUUUGUAAUAGUGGAUCACCUGGUUUGAAGUCAUAGAGUCGGGUCACAAGCACUGCCAAAUUUCACCGUCUUGCGUUAUACGAAACGUUUCCUUGUGCAUUUUAAAAAUUAAUUUCAUUUCUUGCCCUGGUCUUUUAACGUGUCAUAAAUCCCUCAUUGACUGCAUAACCAUAUCUUGAUGUAAAACACCCAGAAUAUUUGAAUUGUUAUUAAACACAUCAACGAACCAAUCUCGCACAAAAUUUCUGUUUAGAUGCGUUGUUGUGCAUUAUGAAAUUUGUAUUCAAUUGAAUCCCAUGCUUAUUUAGGACCAGAGCUGUGCAAAAAGUACAUGUGUUCCUUGUCAUGGUUCUGCAUAAACUAUACACGGCAUAGCCAGCCCAGUAACGAGUGAUAACUUCGUUUUUAACUUGGCUCUUAUAGCAGGAGCAUUGAAUUUUCUAGUGUAAUGCUGGUAAACAGUGAAACAGUGUGUAUCAAAAAAGUCUUGCUGAUAUUCUUGCUGCCAUCAUAUCCAUUAUUGUUUCAGUCGGCAUCUUCGGACUUCAUCAUCUCUUCAAAAUAGUACUGAAAGCAAUUUCGUUUGUUGUACUACGAUUCAGUAUGAAUCGUAUAUGAGCAAUACGGAAUCACGACGCUCAUGCUUAUGACAAAAAAAAAAAAAAACACGGAGACAUAUGACAAAGAACGAAAUGUGUGCAGUAACCUGAAACAAGAACGAAGGUCUUUGGCAGCAAAGCCAAAACAACUUGAUUGCUCGGGAAAGUGGCGUCGACGGCUUCCUUUCCAAAAUUAUUUUAGGACUGUGAUAUCCCCUCAGUCUUAUGGCAUGCGACAAAUACUCACCGGUGGAGAAGCCGACGACGGAAUUCGCAUCGCACGCUAGUAUUCAUAGCACUUUUCUACUAAUCAUAAAAUUACUUUGCUAUCAGAGGAACUCCUCUCACAAAUCUCAUGCCACAAAAGUUCUUCGAGUCCUAAAAAUAUAAGUGGAGUUAUCGCACCGAUACCCAGCGUUCUCUCUCUUUUCGUCGCCCCUAACGCGCCGGAAGCUACACAGCGGAGACUCCAAGAAGGUAAAGCCCCGGUAGAAAAAUUGAGUGUCGCGGCGGUGAUAGAGAUCGUCGCGGCACCGUGUGGCGGCCGCGGUGGACUACGUUACGCAGCACGCCGCUGAAAUCUCGGAUGCCACGCGCAUAGUGCGAAGGUGAAAUCAGACCACACACACACACACACACACACACACACACACACAUAUACAUAUACAUAUAUAUAUAUAUAUAUAUAUAUAUAUAUAUAUACAUGUCAUCGUCAGCCUGGUUACGCCCACUGCAGGGCAAAGGCCUCUCCCAUACUUCUCCAACUACCCCGGUCCUGCACUAAUUGUGGCCAUGUUGUCCCUAAAAAACUUCUUAAUCUCAUCCGCCCACCUAAAUUUCUGCCGCCCCCUGCUACGCUUCCCUUCCCUUGGAAUCCAGUGCGUAACCCUUAAUGACCAUCGGUUAUCUUCCCUCCUGAUUACAUGUCCUGCCCAUGGCCAUUUCUUUUCCUUGAUCUCAACUAAGAUGUCAUUAACCCGCGUUUGUUCCCUCACCCAAUCUGCUCUUUUCUUAUCCCUUAACGUUACACCCAUCAUUAUUCUUUCCAUAGCUCGUUGCCUCGUCCUCAAUUUAAGUAGAACCCUUUUCG